AUACUAAUAGUUACUAUUAAAACCGGUUUACUUUCACCAGAGUCUUGGCAAGGCGCGCUCACAAUAACGACGCCGGAUAAGAGGGCGGAUCGUAAUACCACACAGCAUCCGGCACUCUUUAGGAAAGACUUCCCUAUCGAUAGUGAAGUUCAAUCGGCACGACUCUACAUCACCGCUCUCGGUAUAUACGAAGCAGAGCUCAACGGACAGCGCGUUGGGGAUUAUGUUCUCGCUCCCGGUUGGCAGUCAUACGCGCAUCGCCAUGUUUAUGACACGUACGAUAUCACGAGUUUUCUGAAAGCAGGCGAUAACGCCAUUGGCGUGACCAUCGGGGAAGGUUGGUUCUCGGGCCGACUCACAUGGGGCGGCGGAAUCAACAAUGUCUACGGUGAGGAUCUCGGACUGAAGUCUUUACUCAAGAUCAGCUUCAAGAACGGAACGAUCCAGUACAUCGGCACCGACGAGAUUUGGAUGUCUACCGAAGCUCCUACUUAUUCCUCCUCGAUCUAUGUCGGUGAAUCCUUUGACUCGCGUCUCGUGCAGAAGGGGUGGUCGUCACCCGGCUUCGAGAACCAAAGUGCUUGGAAAGGUGUCCGGCCGACUCUUGGCCCGAGCCAUCUAGUUCAUGCUGACGGUCCUGGAAUACGUCGCAUCGAAGAAGUCACUCUGAAGAGCGUCACCUCCAGCCCCAAGGGCGCUACCUUGCUCGACUUUGGACAGAAUCUCGUUGGGUGGCUGAAGAUCAAAGUCGAUGGGCCGAGUGGGACAACAAUCAAGCUCACGCACGCAGAGGUUCUCGAAAACGGCGAAAUUGGGACGCGUCCUCUUCGAGGCGCUCUCCAGACAGACUACAUCACUUUGGACGGCGAGGGCGAGCUGACAUGGGAGCCCAAGUUCACAUAUCAUGGAUUCCGGUACGUCCAAGUCGAAGGAUGGCCUCAGGAAACGUCGCUCGAUAGCAACAGCGUCUCAGCCGUGGUAGUUCACACCGACCUAGCAAGAACUGGAUACUUCAGGAGCAGCAAUGAUAAGCUCAAUAGGCUGCACGAAAACGCCUUAUGGUCUAUGAAGGGCAACUUCAUGAGCAUUCCCACAGAUUGCCCACAAAGAGACGAGAGAUUAGGGUGGACUGGAGAUGUCACUGCAUUCGGGCCGACAAGUGUUUUCCUUUACGACACCUCCGGUUUCUGGAAAGGAUGGAUGAAGGACGUGAACGCUGAGCAGGCUGAUGCUGGAGGAAUUCCUCCCGUCCUCAUACCUCAUGUCCCUCAGGGGUGGACAGCCAACGGAUAUCCACCGACCGCCAUUUGGGGUGACGUAGCUGUCAUCCACCCAUACAAUAUCUUUCAAGCCUUUGGCGAUCGAGACCUUCUCCGUGAACACUGGCCAGGCGUCAAACUUUGGCUUGAUCACGGUGUUAGGCGUGAUUCCACUGGGCUCUGGGAUCGUUCAACCUUUCAAUUCGGUGACUGGCUCGAUCCCCUUGCCCCGCCCUGGGAUCCAGCUGCCUCACAAACAAACAAGUUCCUGGUUGCCGACGCCUACCUUGUGCACGGAAUUGGUCUAGCUGCACAGAUGGCAGAAUGGCUCGGGGAGACAGCAGACGCAGACCGAUAUAAUACAGCAUACAGUAACCUCAAGACGAAGUUCCAGGCAGCAUGGAUCAACAUAGAUGGUACUAUGGUGAGCGAAACUCAGACCGGACUUAUCCUGCCUCUAUACUUUGGCCUAAUCCCGGACGCGCAAGUUGCAAACGCCACGCAACGUCUUCGGGCAAUUAUCGAACAAAAUCAGUACAAGGUCGGAACCGGCUUCGCUGCGACACAUUACCUUGGCCUCGGUCUCUCUGCGGUUAACGCGACAGAUACAUUCUAUGGCAUGAUACAGCAAGAGGAAGUUCCCGGUUGGCUGUAUCAAGUGAAAAUGGGCGGCACAACUACAUGGGAGAGAUGGGACAGUAUGCUCCCAGAUGGUAAGAUUAAUCCUGGCGACAUGACAUCUUUUAAUCACUAUGCCUACGGCAGUGUUGCCGACUGGAUGCAUAAGACAAUUGGCGGCAUCUCGCCAGCAGCUCCGGGAUACAAAAGAAUCAGCAUCGCACCCAUUCCUGGAGGUAUGCUCACCAACGCUGCCUGCUCCCUGUACACCCAGUAUGGCCUGGUCUCGGCCGAAUGGUGGCUUGAGUCUAGCAAUUUUCGGUUGCAAGUCACUAUCCCUCCGAAUACUGUCGCAACGAUCACGAUUCCAGCAGUGGGGCGCAAAGCUGGAAGAACUACAGAGGUGGGAAGCGGAACUUAUACAUUCUAA